CAUCAUCUUAUCGUAAUGGCAAAUGAAUCUCUUGAAAAUGAGGGAGAUGCCGUUUCGAGAAACUCAAGAAAUACACAUUUUACAUCAUCUGUGGAUCUUAGCACGUCCUUAGAUUCGAGUGUUCAGACACGAAUAUUUAAAAUAAUUGUAAUCGGGGAUUCAAAUGUAGGGAAAACCUGCUUAACCUUCCGCUUCACCGGUGGGAGUUUUCCCGAGAAGACGGAGGCGACAAUCGGUGUGGAUUUCAGGGAGAAAGCGGUGGAAAUAGAGGGCGAAAAAAUAAAGGUGCAGGUGUGGGACACGGCAGGACAGGAGCGCUUCAGGAAGAGCAUGGUAGAACAUUACUACCGUAAUGUGCACGCUGUGGUUUUUGUUUACGAUGUCACCAAGAUGGCUUCAUUUCAGAACCUGAAGACGUGGAUCCAGGAAUGCAAUGGCCACCGCGUCUCGUCCACGGUGCCUCGCGUUCUGGUGGGUAACAAGUGUGACCUGGUUAAUCAGAUCCAAGUGCCCUCCAACACUGCACUCAAGUUUGCAGACGCCCACAACAUGCUGCUUUUUGAGACCUCGGCAAAGGACCCCAAGGAGAGCCAAAACGUGGACUCAAUUUUCAUGUGCCUGGCGUGUCGGCUGAAAGCCCAGAAGUCCCUGCUGUACAGGGAUGUGGAGAGAGAGGAUGGAAGGGUUAGGCUUUCACAAGAGACAGAUGUUAAUAAGAGCAACUGCCCUUGCUGAAGGACAUACUGUGACGCUUCUCCGAUCUGCAAUGAAUCCUCUCCCUUCCCUUUUAAUACUGCUGUGACUUGAAUUGAAUAAUUUAACAUAAACAACAUUAGACGUUUUUGUUCUAAUGUUACUGUAACAUUUAUCAAAGGAAUGUGCCUGCAGUUGUUUAAAUGUUUCUCGUUGAAUGGCCUAAAUUGUUUAUGGUAGGUCUGUCAGUCUGUGUACACCUAUUUCUGACCUUCUCUUGUUUAACUAACUUUCUUUGAUAUAUUAUCAUCAUCAAAUUCUGUAUUUCCUCCUAAUAAUGGCCUUAAGGCAAGAGAGGUCAUUCAGUGUUGUGUUUUUUUUAAAGUAUGUUUAUUUAUUUUGUAUUUGAGUUGUACAUAUCUGUACAUUUCUGCGGUCAGUAUUAUUGCUUCAUGCAAUUAAGUUGUGUGUAACAUGUUUCUCAUGAAGGGGCUUUCAUAAAAAUAUGGUAUUCCAUGUCAGACAGUUUGGGCAUUACAUUGACAUUUGCACAGCCAUUAUUUAUAUUUGCUAAAUAUAUUGUUUGUACAUGUUUUAUUAACAUUAUGUAUUAAGACUGAUAAUCCUUCACAAUGAAUUAUCAUAGCCAUAACACAGAGGAUGGGGAAAACAACUAUGCUAGCAUCUGGUUUUGUCAUAAAGCAAGCCCACAACCCUACCCCUCUGUCCCAGUAGGGGUUUCUAGUUUCAGGUCUGCUUGUCCUGCUUUCACCUUCCUGUUUUCUCUCUAUUGAUCAUCCUCACAUUUCUGACUCAAGUCUCUCCAAAACAUUCAAUUUGUGAGUGUCCUGUCUUAAAAUAA